UUAUUUACUUAUUUAUUGACUCAUUCAUCGGGCUUAGCACAGAAUUCUCCACAUAUAGAAAGUAUUUAACGAGUGCUUGUUGAUUGACUGGUUGAUGUUAUUGAGGAGGUUCCUGCUCUGGGAAGGUGGGACCAAAUGGACCUUGAAUUAUUCAGCUCUUUAAGAGUUGGUGGUAUUGGCUAUCUCUCUGAGGCAGUGACUAGACUUGAAUCAGGCAAAGCCCAACUUCAAAUUUUGCUUAUGACCAGGGACAAGUUCCUUAAUCUCCAUGAGCCCCAAAGUUCACAUAUGUAAAAUGUACUCAUAGUUCUUACUACGAAGUCUCGAGGACCAAAAAUAAUGCACACAAGCCCUUUACAAACCUUCCGUUCCCAUCUAAACGUCUUUCUUAUCCCCUCUAUUUUCAAACCCCACCUCUUACCCCUUAUUCUUCCGCUGGCUCCAGUUUCCCAGUAGGGACAAAGGGCACUGUCCUUGGUGGAGGCCACAGUUCACCCCAUCCCAUCAACCCCCUCAGUCUAAAGUGGGCGGGAGCUCUUAGGGAAAACUCAGCCUCGCACCUAAGUAAGCCUUUUAUAAAUGCAGAUUGGAUUGGGUUGGAUUGAAGUAGCAAUCAAAGGACUGGGGAGCAGGACGAGGAUUAAAGGCCGAGGACCUCUUGGGAAUUAGGGAGGAGGGGGCCAGGUUUAGGGAACUGGUUGGGGGCGGGGGAAGCCUCGGGACAGGCGGGCCUUCGGGAGGGGCGGCAUAGUUCGUGAGAGUCUGGACUGCCUCAUAAGAGAGAGCCGGAUGAGUAGGGGAAAGGUCCCCACGGGAAUUAAAGCCCAUCCUUCCAGCGCAGCCAGCCCCAGGGGACACGAGGGGGAGCAGCUUCCUGGCCCUGAGAAACCGGACCAUCCUGUCACUGUGAGUAUCACUCUAUGUCUGGCGUUUUCCAACUCUGGCUCUGUGUCUGCCCGUCUCUUUGUUCCUGUGUACCCCCUUGACGUCUGGGUUUGUCCUCUAGUGUCUGUCGGCAUCCCCGGGGAUGCGUGGAGGGAAGGGAUGGGGAGGCUGUAGGUGUCCGGGCAGGGAAAUGAGGCUCCUCCUGAUGGCUGACUCCUCCUUCCCAUCGCUUACUCCCGUGGUCCCUCAAGCCUGGUCUGCCCCUCUCUGGGAUGUUCACUUAAGCGCUUAUUAAAAGCACCUAUUAAAGGCAUCAUUAUACUAGUUCCCUUGGAGUUAGAUGCCUCCUGGCCACUUCUCUCUGCGCUCCAGCGCCUUCACCGCAGGCCACAUGGGUUCUAACAGCCUGGGCGCGGAGAGCGAAAGGACCAGGCUAGGUUACAGCGUGAUGCAGGGCCCCGGAGCUUAGCGCCUCGGACCCGCACUUGGCCCUCAGCCGGCGCUGGGGGAAACGUCUUGCUUGGAGCUCGGUGUUUCCUCUCCGAGGCCAGUCCCGACCAUAUCAGCUGGAAGAGGGCAGUCUCGAAGGGAGCAGGCCGGGGGCGCGGGUGGCAGGGGCGAGCUCUCGGGAAGGGAUCCCACCCGGCCUGAAGGAGGCCAGCUGUUCCUUAGCCGCCCAGAAGCCGGGAUGGAUCCUGUCUCCUCCUCUGGGAACAGCUCAGCCCCGCCCCCGCCCCCUGGCCCGCACCCAGGUCUGAGCCAAGCCCGCCCAAGCCUCGCUCUCCCCGCCCAGUCCGAUGCGGGCACAGCUCUGGAGGAGGAGCGCGCUUCACGGGCUCCGGAGACGCGGCUCGCUAUAGCCAAAGCCGCAGGCAGGGCUAGGACCCAGACCCGGGGCUCGAGCCUGUGAGCGGUUUCUUUCCCGGUGCCCAGUAUGGUGAAGUAGCCAAUCAUUGGUGAAGCGCCUCAAGAGGCUAAGAACCACGAGGAGGAGGAGGUGGGGAAUCGGGCCGCCAUGGAGCCGCCUCCGGCGCUCCAGGCUGCCUUGGUUAGUGAGGUGAUCGCACUGCACUACAACUACACGGGGAAACUGAACUGGGCCCGCUACGAUCCGGGCGGAGGCUUGCGCGUAGACGCCGCAGUCUUCCUGGCAAUAUGUGGCCUCAUCAUCCUGGAGAACCUGGCAGUUCUGCUAGUCCUGUGGAGCCACAAGAAGUUCCAUGCGCCCAUGUACCUGCUUUUAGGCAGCCUGACCCUCUCCGACUUGCUGGCCGGUGCCGCCUACACGGUCAACCUCCUAUUGUCUGGGGCCCGCACCUUGCACCUGUCGCCCGCUCUCUGGUUCGCCCGCGAGGGCGGGGUCUUCGUGACGCUGGCUGCCUCGGUGCUCAGUUUGCUAGCCAUAGCGCUGGAGCGACACUUAACCAUGGCGAGCCGCCGGCCCGCGCCCAUACACCGGCGGGGCCGCACGCUGCUGCUGGCGGGAGCCGCGUGGCUGGCGUCCCUGCUGAUCGGGCUCCUUCCCGGCCUCGGCUGGAACUGCCUAGGCCGGCUGGCGCAGUGUUCCACGGUGCUUCCCCUCUAUGCCAAGCCCUACGUGCUUUUCUGCGUAAUUGUCUUCCUAGUCAUUCUGGUGGCUAUCUUCGCGCUCUAUGCUCGCAUCUAUUGUCAGGUACGCGCCAACACGAAGAAGCUGCGCCUUCGGGCUACGUCUGCAGGGUCCCGGCGCCUGCCCAAGUCGCUGGCGCUGUUGCGCACAGUGACCGUGGUACUGCUGGCGUUCGUCGUGUGUUGGGGACCCCUCUUCUUGCUGCUGCUGCUGGAUGUAGCGUGUCCGGCGAGAGCCUGCCCCAUACUCCUGCAGGCGGACUAUUUCCUGGGGUUAGCUAUGGCCAACUCGCUGCUCAAUCCCAUCAUCUACACGCUUACUAACCGGGACCUGCGCCGUGCGCUCCUGCGCCUCUUCUGCUGUUACCGUUCCUGCUGCUGCUGCUACUGCUGCAGGCCCCUGCGCCCAGGGCCAGGUGGUGGCGAGCCUGUAGCCAAAGCGCGCUGGCGGCUAUCCUCCAUCCUGGAGUGCAGCACCAGCAAGUCGGAGCGCUCCUCCAACAGACACGAAGGGUUGGACACUAGCGUCUCCACAGGCAACGCCACGCCCACGCCCGUUUAAGACUAGCGUCAGAAGAUCAUAGACUAUUUCCCGACCCCUCUUCAGGACCCAGUCCUCUCCUCCUGCACUAUUUUCAGAUGACUGGCUUGUUUUGUUUUAUUUUGAAAAUUAAAUAAAGUAAUUUGUAAUAGAAUGUCUAAA